GCCUCUUAACUGGAGCUUCUCCUAUUUCUUCUAGUGAAUUGAAAUUGCCUCAAAAGGUGCAAGAUAUAGUAAUCGGUUGUCUUCUAGGAGAUGCAUCAGCUGAACGACGGGUUACUCUAUGGGGGUAUACCACAGCUUUAAUUCCAAUCUCUAAAUCUACCUUGGAUGGUAAAGGAGGUAUACAUUACUUUUUCACAUUUAGGACUAAAACUUCAAGCUUAGCUUAUUGGAUUUCCGAAGACGGAGCGUACACUGGUGCUGGAAUACUUAUUCAUACUAACUGUUUUACUCGAGAAGAAGUAGAACUGCUUAUAUCAGUUAUUGAAAAGAACUUCGGUAUUAAGAGUAAUAUUAGAGCUAACUAUGACAAUUGGAUUAUUAUAUUACUGCAAAAGAGAUGA